AUGGCCCUGCCCAGCGGCGUCAGAGUCUUCAUCAAAUACCCAGCGCUUUUCUUCUGGGAGCUUGUCUUAGGGGGCCUCGUGUGGAUCCUGAUCGCCUCGUCCCUGGUGCCCCUCCCCCUGACCCAGGGCUGGGUGAUGUUCGUGUCUGCGUUCUGCUUCGUGGGCACCACUGCUCUGCUCUUCUGGUACAUGUGUGGUAGUGACUAUGAGGAGACUUCCUGGGUUAUCCUGGACAUAGUCUACCACUGUUUCGCCUCCAUGUUUUACCUCAGCGCCUCCAUCCUGGAAGCUUUGGCCACCAACAACAUGCAAGAGGGCUCCUACUUCACGUACCAACAUUAUCUUGAAAACAUCUUUGCUACGGUUUUUUCGUGCCUAGCCACUCUGGUAUACAUGCAACAUGUGUGUGCUUCUUGCGGCAUAUUAGACUAUAGUUUAGGUGAAGAUUCAGAUAGUGAUAACUGA